UAGCACCCUGCACCUAUAAUCGCAUCUUCAUAGCAUCGGAACUCUUCGAACUUCUCCCAGUUCUUGAUCCAAGCGAAUCGAUAUCCAUUGUCUGCAAGAUUGUGCUCAAAUUGUUGUGCGGUGUUUGAUCGAGAAGUUGCGGUGAGCUUGGUGAUUGCUUGAUAAGGAUCUUACUGCAUUUAGAACUCGGAGAAGUAUGGGAGGUAGGGAUCCUUUUUCUGGUUUUGGGUUUGGUAGCUCUGGAAGCCACAGGAGUUUGUUGUCUGGGUUUUUUGGAGGAAGGGAUCCUUUUGAUGCCCCAUACUUUACACCUCCAUUUGGAGGAAUGUUUGAGUCAGGCAUAUUUGGUCCUACUGGAAAUUUUUCUGGAGUUGCACAUCCAUCUGGAUUUCUUGAAAAUCACGUUCAGCAGCGGCCCAAUAAAUCCAGGGGGCCAAUCAUUGAAGAAAUAAAUUCUGAUGAUGAAAAAGAUGGGAGGGACGAGAGAAGAGAGAAUCCUAGAAAGCAUGGUCGGUCAAGCAUUGAGCCAUAUGUUGAAGACCCAGAUGAUGAAGUUGAAGGAAGAGAAAGUAUGCCAAUGCAGCAUAUGAAUGAUGUUAGCAGUGUGAACAAUGCACAUUUGGAUCCCCAGACUCACAGCUUCACUUUCCAGAGCUCAACUAUUUCUUAUGGUGGUGCUAAUGGAACCUAUUACACAUCAACUAAAGCUAGGAGAACGGGAAGUGAUGGACUAACACUUGGAGAAAGUAGAGAAGCGAAUUCAGCUACUGGCCAAGCAACUCAUCAGAUCUCUAGGGGAAUCCAUGAUAAGGGCCAUAUGGUUGCAAAGAAACUGAACUCUAAUGGUCGAGUGGAUACAAUGCAGACAUUGCACAACCUUAAUAUAGAUGAGCUAUCUGUGUUUGAAGAUACUUGGAGGGGAAGUGCCAGAAAACAUCUUCCUGGCUGGAGUGAGGGGUUUAAUGUACACGAUGUUGCUGUUUUUGAGACAACAGGAAGAAACCAGGGCGGCUAUGCCCUUCCCUCGACUGAGCAUACUCGACAAUUGGGGAGUAUGAGUGGUCAUAGUGGUGAGAUGGCAGGUCCUGGGCGCCCAAACCGCUGGGAGAGAAUGAAAGCAGAUAAUGGAGAGAGAACAGGUUUUUGUGGGUCAAAGCCUAAAUCAGCUUAAUACUUCUCGCAUGGACCGAGCAAGCAGGCACUGAGGAGCUGGUCCCGGUUUCAAGGGGGCGGCCGUUCUUGUUUAGGCUUCUCUGCUUACUUUGAUGGUAGUUGGAUGUAGCUAUGGUUUCAUUCUGCCAUGGGCUGGACUGACUGAUUCUUGAUGAAUGUAUUUGUAUGCACUGCCAUGGGGCCAUUGAGCUCGUGAAGAGGUCAGGUCAGCCAUGCCAUUCCACCCAUGUAUGCCCUUUUGUGGGGCGGGGCAGACGGCAGUCUUAAGGCUGAAACUAGAAAUAAUGUCUCUGUAGUCUGCCUGUCUUCUUAUUAGUUAAGCAUACAAUAUAUAUAUAUAUAUAUACAUACAUAUAUAAUGACUUUUACCUCUCUCUUAACUUCAUCUACUUAUUACUUUCAA